UCACUCUACAUUUCAACUGCUAUUAGGAGAAACCUGUGUCUAUUUGAAUUUAGCCAAUUGUUUAGCUGAGCAGAGAGAGAGGCAGGUGUUUCCAUUAAUGGCCAGCUACUUUAUAGAAUAGGCCUGCCCUUGAAGAGCAUUCAGAAGCUUCAGCUGGUAAAACACUGAGCUACACAGCUAACAGUCUGUGGAGGAAUAAGCUGGAAAGCGGGGCCACACAGAGCACAACCACCCAGCACAUCUCUCAUGGAUCCGGAACGGCUGGUUCAGUGUCCCUAUGACAAAAACCAUCAGAUCAGAGCCAGCCGUUUCCCUUAUCACUUGGUGAAGUGCAAGGAGAACAAUGAGAAGGUUGCUAAAAAACUAGCAACAUGCCCCUAUAAUGCUCGCCAUAGAAUUCCCAAGGAAGAAUUCAAUUUCCAUCUUGAAAAUUGUGAGAAUAAAAUUGCUCUGGAUGUGUCCAAUGGGGCUUCCAAUCUAAACAUGGGAAUCAAAGAGGUAACGGGCGCGCAAUGCCCACCUUCGCAGGAAGACUGGGAAGCUGAUGCUGAUAAAUGUCCUGCUCCUCUUUUUGUUUUUGGGAAGAGCUAUUCUGAACAGAGAAAGUAGAAUCUACAACUUCAAGGGUUUUAUCAUGAAGAUCCCAUUGGAAGAAGAAAUCAGGACAAAUUUUUUUAAAAAUUCAAGACAAUCCUUUUAAACAUUUUAAUUUUUUAAAAAUGUGUUUUAUUCGAAUGUUUUAAUAAAAUUGAAAAUAAAGAAUCGCCAACUCUU